GCGGUCCAAGCGGGCUUGGCAGUGAGUCGCCUCCAGCUCUGGAGUCUCCCUCCACGCUCUCCGUGUUGAGACCGAGCAACUUCUUCUCACCACAACGCUCCACCGAUCUCGAGGCGGUUCCCGGCUCCAUCCUUGUCGAUAUGACGCCGAACUGGGACGGGAGCUCGGAGACAACUGCAUGAAUCCUGAAACACGGUGAGACAGGUGGCUUUGACAAAGGCCUCUGGAUGUGGUGUGUACUGCAACUCAGGUGAAAGACAGGGUGAACUGAUUGUUAGGAUGAAGGAGGAGAGUUUGUACCACCGAAGGUUGUCGAUGUCUCCAAAUGCCUCUUCCCCACCCAAAAUUGACCCCCGCAUCCUCACACGAAACCUUUCUUAUGGAGGAGACAACGAUCUCUACAACCUCAGCUCAGGCAGUGAGACAGACAGGCAAGAUAUCUCCCUGAUGACUAAUGAACUUAGUCCUGCCCAGUCACCAGGCAGCAAGUCUGAGUCUAGGAUGUUUAAUGGUCUGGAAAAGGACUGUCCCUCACCAACAGAAAAGCUUGCUCGGAAGGAGUCUCUUAAGGUCCAAAAGCAGAAUUACCGUCAAGAAAAGAAGCGGGCUGCCAAAGAAUUGUUCAGUGCUCUGAAAGACCCGAGCGUUGUCAUUAUGUCAGACUGGCUAAAGAUCCGUGGCUCUUUAAAGAGUUGGACCAAGCUGUGGUGUGCCCUGAAACCUGGUGUUCUUUUGGUCUAUAAGACCCCUAAAACUGACCACUGGGUUGGCACUGUCCUGCUGAGUUCCUGCAAGCUCAUCGAGAGGCCCUCAAAGAAGGAUGGGUUCUGCUUCAAGCUUUACCAUCCACUGGACAAAUCCAUUUGGGCUGUCAAGGGUCCCAAAGGAGAGAAUGUAGGCUCCAUCACACAGCCUUUACCAAGCAACUACCUGAUCUUCAGAGCAUCCUCUGAGUCUGAUGGCCGAUGCUGGAUGGAUGCACUGGAGCUUGCUCUGAGUUGCUCCAGCCUCUACAAGCUAACAGCCAAGUCUGGAAAAGAAGGAGAUAUCAGCACAACCUCUGAGUCUUCCCACUUCCUCCAUCUUCUGCAGUCUACCACACUAGCAGACACAGAGCUUUUGCAGUUGAAUGAGUCUGUGCUGCUGGGCAAUCACCACAUGGACCCUGACGGAUUUUCUGACAAGUCAGAGCGUGAUGGUCACGAGGACUGGGACGCCUCUGCAAUUGAUAAUGGAGGAAGGUUGACAGAGGAGAGUGACAUGGACCAAUCAGAUGAACUGAUUUCUCCCGUGCCACAGGGUACAAUUUAUGUCGAGCAGGGCACAGAAGAGAUGGCUGAGGCUGGGGAAUCAUCCCAAGUUGAGACUGUUUCAGAGGAAAACAAGGGUAUGAUCUGGGGUAUUUUGAAGCAGCUGCGACCGGGCAUGGACCUCUCAAAGGUGGUCCUGCCUACAUUCAUCUUGGAGCCUCGCUCCUUCCUGGACAAGCUAUCAGACUACUACUAUCACGCUGACCUGCUCUCACAAGCGGCACAGGAGGACAGUGCAUAUGGCCGAAUGAAGCAAGUAGUCAGAUGGUACUUGUCUGGUUUUUACAAGAAGCCUAAGGGUCUGAAGAAGCCCUACAAUCCAAUAUUGGGGGAAAUGUUUCGCUGCUGUUGGCCUCAUCCCCAAAGUGAAGGCUGCACUUUCUACAUAGCUGAACAGGUUUCGCACCAUCCGCCCAUUUCUGCCUUUUAUGUCUGCAACAGGAAAGAUGGGUUUUCCAUCAGUGGAAGCAUCUUGGCAAAGUCCAAAUUCUAUGGUAACUCUCUGUCUGCUAUCCUGGAUGGCAAAGCGAGACUGCUCUUUCUGAGCAGGGAGGAAGAGUAUGUCAUCACAAUGCCCUACGCUCAUUGCAAAGGUAUCCUGUAUGGGACGAUGACACUAGAGCUGGGUGGAAAGGUUACCAUUGAGUGUGAGAAAAACAAGUGUUUCACUGAGCUGGAGUUCAAGUUAAAGCCGUUCCUGGGAGGCGCCUCUUCCGUGAAUCAGAUCAGUGGCAAGAUCCUUGUGGGGGAUGAGCUCGCUGCCACUGUCGAUGGACAUUGGGACGGUGAGGUUUUUAUUCAUGAGAAGCGCUCCGGACAGCAGGCAACCUUGUGGAACCCGAGCCCAGAAGUCCGCAGCAGUCGUCUCAAGAGACGUGUUGUCCUCUUUGACCAGCAGGGAGAGUUUGAGUCUGAAAGGCUGUGGCAGCACGUGACUCGAGCAAUUACAGAGCGUGACCAGGUUCAAGCCACACAGGAAAAGUUUGUGCUUGAAGAAGCUCAGCGCAAAGAGUCCAGGGAGCGGGGAGACAAACCCUGGACCCCACGACUUUUCUAUCAGGACCCAGUGACCUCAGAGUGGACCUACAAGCAUGUGGAAGCCGAGCCAUGGGAGCCAGAGCGUUGUCUGGUUCAGUUUGAGAGAGAUGGAGUCAUUCAAACGUUGGAGAAAACGCAGAGACAGCACAAUGGACUCUCUUACAGUGACAGCUGGCCCAGCCAACGCAAGGCUAAAGUGAAUGGGACACACAGGAAAGCCAGCAGUCAGCCAUCCAGCUGCAGCCAGAACACUGAGAGCAGCAGCAGCACCCCAGAACCGACACACGAGUCCUCUGAUAAUGAGGAGUUCUCAAAUCACUGUGCACGCUGCAGUAAGGACAUGGCUCUCCUCCAGACCUCCAUCACUUCCAUACAGAAGACACAGCAAGAUAUUCAGAGGAACCUGGCCGCUCUGAGUCGCCAGCUCGCUCAGCAGAGGGCAGCAGACAACAGUGUGUCAUGGAUGAGUCGGCACUGUGUGAUCGUCUGUUUGGUGCUCCUCUCACAUGUUUUCCUCCGCUACUUCUACGCCUGAGAAGCUCGGGUCUCCGUCCAGCCCUGAUCUGAGAUUUGAUCCCUCCCACAAGCACAAACUAAUCAACUGGGCGGGCCCAGAACUCAGACGAGAGUUGGGUGAGGGACUUGUCCUAUUCUUUUUCUUCUAUGGAGUGGCUUAGCAUGAACAUUAUAGCAAUAAACACAGCCAAUGCCUGUCAGACAUCUUCAGAUAGAAAUGACUCCCCCCACUGAGUGUAGCCAAAUCGAAAGAGCACCGGCACCCACGCACUUUGGACAGGAGAUGAGGGAUGACAGAAAGGGUUAUCAAAGAUGGUCUUUCAAUACAAAAAAAAUGUCUAAGUUGUACAAUGAAGAAUGAUUUGUAAGAGUAUCAACAGAGACCACCAUCCCUUAGUGUCUUUAUCGACUUGCCCUGCAAUACUGUCUAUCUGUGAAUGUGUUUGUGUGUUGUUUGUAUAAAUUGUAGGCCCUACACGCGCUGGUAGAUCACCGCGCCAAAGUUUCGUACAACUUCCACUCCAGAAAUUGGGCCUUAAAACCGCUGAUGCCAAAAAAGGAAAACACGUCACGACACAUACAAAUGAACGAAGGAACAUCUUUCAACAGUGCAAUUUAGUGUUUUGUAUUUACUGUAGGCACACAUCAGCUCUGUCUCGUCUUGUAAUGACAAUAAUUUUACCAAAACAGUAUUUAUAAUCCGAAAAGACAAAGAGUUAUUGUUUACAGGGAGCACUGUGUGUGUUUCUAGUGACACAUACUAAGUGUAGGAAGAAUGGCUAAUGUGGGUCAAGAGUGAGAGCCAUACAAAGUGUCUUUAUAUUUGUGUGCCUGCUGUGGCACAAUGGAUGGGACGAUUGCGUAGCACUGUUUGCUUAAUGCUGGAUGCAGCAUGUGGAGUUAGGAUUAAAAUCGAGCAAAAUUGCUUUGGCCAAUGGAUUACUUUGUGUGUAUGCCUCCUACAUAGCAUCCAGACAGGUCUACAGUUUGACAUUCUGGUUUUUGAAUCAGAAUUGUCUGACCAAGUUACCAUUUCACUCAUCCGUAAAGAUGAUCUACAAAUGCACUUAACACUCUUGUAACCCAGAAUUAUCACCAACCUUUGUAUGAUUUGAUCUGUUGCUCCAGUUAACUAGAUGUCUGCAACAGAUGGGUUUAAGCAGCAUGCAACUCAAAUAACCUGUAAUGGUCAUCUACUUUAAUUUUUUUUUUUAAUGUCAAGUUGCCCAUGGUGGAAACUGGCUAACAAUGUUUCUCACAAUCCCCAGAUACUAGUUUGUUUAAUGAGCGUUUGGAGUUCAUCUUGGUCCGAAACAAGUGACUUUGAAAAUGUAAAAAAUUAAUGAUUUGGUUGUAUUUGUUCUUUUAAAAGGUAUGUACAUAUUUGUCUGCAGUGCUUUUGUGCUCUGUGAUAAAAAGAAAUUUCAGAAUGUAUUUAUUGUGUGAUUUUACCCCCUUGGUAACUAAAGUAAUGUUGAAUCUUCGGGACCAGGGAUGACAAUCUUGCUCCCAGAGUUGCGUGCUGUUCUCAUGUAUGUAUUUUAGUUUGUGAGAAAGCCAUUGAGCUAAACGCAAAGCUAUGUCUGUGACUUUAUUUGUUUUGAGCAUUUUCUAACAUUUCAGUUCAGUGCCCAGUUUGUAACAUUUCAGUCCAGUGCCAGAACUGAUCUACCCAACGGGAGCAAAUUUUAGCGAUGAAAGUCGACUCUGAAUGAAUGAUUUUGUGUACUUUUUUUUCCAUUAUUUUCCUGUUUUUAUACUCGAUCACCAAUUUCCGGGAUUGUAUAUGCCACUUACUUUUGUUAUAUUAAACAAGAACUCAAUGAUGCCCUUUUUUUUUUUCUUUUUCAUUCACACUUGUUGCACACUGUAGCACUACAGUAAAACAGUUUUAACCCUAA